AUGCCUCGCACGCGUGAUACCCGCCAGCAGGUGCAGGAGGUGGUCGAUGAAGUCCAUGGUGUCGCCUCGAAGAACGUCGACGUAAACGACAAGGCACAGAAUUCUCAGAAGACCAUCUCGGACGCCGCGGCGACCGUGCAGAACGCCCCUGGCGCCGCUCAGAAUGGCGUUCAGAACGCCAUGAACACUGUGCAGUCCUACGUGCAUGAGGGGCAGCGGUUUGCUUCCGAGCACAAGGCGCAGCUGCAGGAGGUUGUAAAGAAGGCAGUGAAUGUCGCGCACGAGUACGUCGAGGAUGCCCGGAAGAAGGCUGACCCGUACGUAGAGAGCGCAAAGGCGAAAGUAGAUUCGGCGAGGGCCUCCGUGGAGAACGCGCGCCACUCUGCACAGAGCGCUGUGGACAACGCCAAGGGGCAGGUGACCGCUGUGCGCACCAAGGUGACGGCGAAGACGCAGCCGUACGUGAGCAACUACCUAGAGUUCGACGUCACCAAGACGGCGACCUUCCACGUGAUUACUCACAUUAUCAGCAGCGUGCUGUACAUAGCCUGGCGUUUGACGCAGCUGAUCCCAUCCGCUCAGCACAUGAUUAACGUCAUUCAGCAAAAGGAGGCUCAUGCGGCGGUGACGCAGAACUGCGCGACGGUGGUGCAGAAAGUGCCGGUUGUGGGCCCGCGAGCCGUGGAGGUGGCUACGAUCCUUGUCAACAACGUGUGCACCAACCUCAGCGAGCAGAUUUUGCAGUACACCACUGCUGUGCAGCGUCCGAAGACUGCGUAA